AGACUCGUCCGUCUACCAAUGUCUGCAUGGAUGGUCCGUCCACUGCAUAGAUCAAAGUUAAUCUUGAACGAUGUCGCAUCUGGAACUCACAGGCUGUAAGCCUCAAGAGUUCUUCCAAGACUUUCAAUCCGAAGCACACUGUCGAGACAUAUUCAUUCCCCGGUCCGGCGCCCCGCCUCCAGCUUCAAAUACCUCGGCGUAUCUUCCUCUGAGGCCCCAGAUUCCUCCUCUUCUCAGCCCCCAACAUGUCUGAUAACCCUUCCUUUGUUCUGCACGGUAUCAACAACGUUGCCUAUGAACAGAGGCCUAUCCCAGAAAUCUCUGAUGAUGAGGUCCUCGUUGAGGUCAAGAAGACUGGUAUCUGCGGUUCCGAUGUAUGUUCACUAUUUGGUAGCCGGUCGCAUUGGUCAAUUCAUCGUGGAAGAUCCCAUGGUUCUUGGACAUGAAUCCGCCGGUAUUGUGUCGAAAGUUGGUCCAAAAGUCAAACACCUCAAGCCCGGAGAUCGCGUAGCGAUGGAGCCUGGUGCGACUUGCCGUGUCUGUGAAGAUUGCAAGAGGGGUCGGUAUGAGCUUUGCCCAGAUAUCGUGUUCGCUGCUACCCCACCGUACGAUGGCACUCUUGCACGAUACUACCCAAUUCCAGCCGAUCUUUGUUAUAAGCUCCCCGAUCACCUCACCCUCGAAGAUGGUGCAAUGAUGGAACCCCUUUCUGUCGCUAUCCACGCAGUAGCCAACCUCGCUGGCCUUCGUGCCAACCAAACCGUCGUCGUUUUCGGCGCAGGACCAGUCGGUCUCCUCUGUAUGGCAGUCGCAAAGGCUCUAGGAGCCUCUCGAGUCAUUGCAGUCGAUAUCGUCCCAAGUCGGCUCGAAUUCGCGAAGAGUUUUGCUGCGACGGAGAUUUACGUCCCUCCACCACUGGAACAAGGUGAGAGCAGAAUAACAUAUUCAGAAAGGAAUGCGAAUGCCAUGAAGGAGAAGCUGGGGAUUGAGGAGAGAGGUAAGAAGGCCAUCGAUUUGGUUGUGGAGGCGAGUGGGGCCGAAGUGUCCAUCCAGACUGGUAUCUUCAUUGCUAGAACCGGCGGAACUUUCGUUCAGCUUGGCAUGGGUGCACCUCAGGUCGUCAUUCCCAUCACCACCCUCCUGACCAAGGAACUGAACUUCAAAGGUUCCUUCCGUUACGGCCCCGGAGACUAUGAGCUCGCCAUUGCUCUUGUUGAACAGGGCAAAAUCGACCUCAAGCCUCUCAUCACUCACAGGUUCACAUUCGACCAAGCUAUCGAAGCGUUCGAGACGACGAAAGUGGGCAAGAGCCCGGACGGAAAGCCUGUUAUCAAGGCUGUCAUCUCGGGUCCUGAUGUGCCCGUUGACGUUAUCUAAGCAUAACACAGUGGAUUCUUCGUUAGUCACGAUUCAAGUUUCGGAAGAUCGGGUAAAAAGCAAACCGUUGUAACACUACACACCAUCACGUACUAGCAGAUUGGACAAGGAGACGUAAACGGAUGUAGCUCUAGAUUCAUGAAUGUAUAAGUUGAUCGCACCGC